UUAGGGCUCGGCACUAGUAUCCCAUCCAAAACCUAGUCACUGGCUAGGUAUCCGUCUUGCUCCCGCCGCGCCGACGCGCUCCGCCACACUACGCCAUGCUCCGUCGCGGCACAUCGCUCUUGAUUUCUUCUCAUGAGGAGCCUUUUACGGGCGGAGACAAGCCGAACUCCAGCACUGCUCGUUUGGCUUGCUCGCCUUGUUUAAACCCCUACUCACAGUUCAAGUGCCAAACUCUCCAAUGAAUUCCAUCUCUUCCAAACUCUUCCACUCCCAUCUCCACCUCCACCUCCUCUGCACCGCAAAAUCGGCACCUUUAUCGACAUCUAAGUUUAGGGUUUCGCCUAAGGCUACAAAGAUUUCCAAUUUGCAGCUCAAGGAGAAGUGGUUGGAUUCCCUCUCCGUGAGCCCACUGGGAGGAGACGAGGGAGUGAUUUGUGCUUCGGAGCCUCAAUGGGUUCUUGGAGUGGAUCCCGAUGUCUCUGGCGCCGUUGCACUCUUGAAACCCGAUGGUUCUGUCUCUUCGGCUCAGGUCUUUGAUACCCCAAAUGUAAAAGUACUGGUUGGGAAAAGAGUUCGAAAUCGUUUGGAUGCGAGGUCUAUUGUUCAGUUGCUUCAGACCUUUGAUGCACCACAUGAAGGGUGCCAGAUGCACAGUGGAAAUUCCUGGGAUCCUGUCCAUGUGCAGACUAUUGCGCAUUAUGUUUUGUUAGACUUUGGAAAACAGUUGCAAGGAAAUUGUAAAUUUGAAAACAGUCGCAAAGCAAUUGCUUACAUUGUAUGCCGUUUGGUCUUUAACUUUUUGAUAAGAAAAAGUACCCAUGACAUUUCACUUCGUUAUCGUGGGACAAGAGCAUAUAUCGAACAGUCAAAUCCCUUCCCGCAAGAUGGAAAACAGGGAUGGUGGAGUGGAGGAUAUACAUACGGAUUGUGGAUUGGUGUUCUAGUUGCAUCAGGAUUUUCAGUUGUGCCAGUGACAUCACAUGAAUGGAAAAAUCAUUAUGAACUCUCUCGAAGCUCUUCUAGUAAGGAUGAUAGCAGGGAAGUUGCUUCUGCUCUAUUCCCAUCUUUGAGCCAUCAAUUAAAGAGGAAGAAAGAUCAUGGUCGAGCUGAAGCUCUUCUUAUUGCGGCAUAUGGAAGAGGCCUUAUAGAACAAAUGGACCAAGUUGAUUCUAAUGGUUCUCAUGUAUCUUCUGAUCUGUUCAAUUCACUGAUCACAGAAAAGAAGGCAGUUUAAAACUUCUGAGAAAGCAUUUACUAGUUUGGCAAAAGUUUUUCUCGUUUUUCACUUCAACCAGUUCAUUUGAUUUGCUUUUUCUGCCACUUGGCUGGAAACCAAAGAGGACUGCCUGAAGAUUCUCAAGAUUAGAUUUACAACAGGCCUCUUGUAAAUGUCAUUUGAAGAUACAUUAUCCCUGUAAUUGCAGCCAUAGAAAUUUCAGGUCUCCAGAUUAUUGUCUAUAUAACUUGCAUUCAGCACAGAUAUCAUUUCUUUUCAUUGUGUUGUUUUGCCUCUAAAAUUAUUGCUGAAAGCCAAUUUGCUGUGGAAUAUGAA